AUGUCCUCAUACAACUACAAUGGUGGCGGCCGCCAGGUGGGCUCGGGUGGCGGAUUCCGGAACAGCGGGAUCCUGGGCGUGCUCCAGGCGACGCAGAUCGACAACAAGAGCGUCUUGCCAGCAGAGAUACUCUUCACCAUCCUGGAUCACCUUCCCGUGCCAGACCUGAUGCGCUUCGCCCGCGUCAGCCAUCUGUUCCGCGAGAUGGUCUACGACGACACCCGGUGGGUAUCCCGGCUGCAGAGCAUGGGAUGCUGGAACGAAGUGGAGGCACGGCGGCGGUUUGAGGAGGCACUGGUCCGGCGGCGGCGCGAUACGGCGACAGCAGCAGCAGCAGCAGGCGGUCUUGCUAUAGCAAGAGGAAUGGUUGGCCGCGGAGGUGGAGUGUUGCCAUCUGGGGCAGCCAGGGCUGGAGGGAGAAGUGUCGGCGGCAGCACGAUGCUGUUUGACGCUCCGCUCGAAGAGGAGCGGCGAAAACAGCUGCUCGUGCUGCGACAGAAACAACAAGAGCAGCAGCAGCAGCAGCAGCAGAAACUGGGACAGGUUCGUGACGGGUUCGAGACACUGGCGAUCGAGGGAGUUGGCAGCCAGACAGCCCAUGCAACAGCAGCAGUAGCAACAACAGCAGACAAGCAGCAGCCGCAGCGGGCGGUGACAGACCCGCUGCAGGACACGGAGGCACUGCUGGACGUGCUCAAAAAUGUGCGCAGCAUCCGCGGGCAUGCGCGCGAGGAGUAUGGCCGGGUGUACGGGGCACUAGCGCCGUUCUUCUAUGACCUGGUGCGGGCCAAGAGUCACGCAGACCCGGCGGUGUUCAAGGUGUUCCGCGACCCGGAGCGACAGGCGAGGAUGCUGGCGAAUCUGCAGCGGUUCGCGCACAGCGACUGGGCCCAGGGCUGGCGGCUGCGUGAGGAGCGGCUGGCGACGAUGGUGGGCAUCUUUGAGGCGGCGGUGCUGCGCGAGUUUGAGCAGGGCUACGAGUUCUGGGACGUGGACGGUCGGAUGAACAAAUACGCCAGCGUGCUAGACGUGCUCAACGGCAGCAAGGCGGGUGUGGACCUCUUCAUCCACAAGCACCCGCUCUUCUCGGACCGCGAAGUGGCGGCUAGCAACGACAUGGAGUGCCUUCGACUGGCGCCGGCGGCGGCAGCAGCGACAGCAGCGGUGGCAUCGUCGGCAGUCUGGGGGGAUGCAGCGAGCGCUUCGGGUCAGUCGGGUGUGGAGGACAUCAUCACGCUGGAGCCAUCGCGGCAGUUCUUUGGACGACUGGCGGAAAAGGUCAACGAGCAAGGCGUGAUGAUCGGACGGAUCUUCCCGCGGCCAGCAACGGUGUUCUGGGCCUUUGUCGACAAGGUGCGCGAGGACAUUGUGAUGGAGUACAUCACGCCGCUGCUGGACGAGACGCACGAGCGCAGCAUGGCGGCCUACCUAACAGCGGUGUCGGGCCUGUUUGAGCAGUGCCUGCAGUUCUUCCAGGCGCUUGAGCCGCCCAAGGGCGCCGAGGCCGAGAAGAAGGAGGCGGAAGCGGCAGCAGCAGCAGCAGCAGCAGCAGCAGCGACGACGGCAGCGAAGGCAGCAACAGCAACAGCAGGCAGUGCCCAAGCGGCGGCCAUGAAUGGCAGAUCAAAGAGAGCAGACCAGACGCGGAGUCUGUAUGGUCGUAUCGGUGGCGGCAGUCUCGGCGGACUCGGCGAGGUGAUCAAGGUCGAAGCCGAGGACGAUACCGACGGCUGGACGGUGCGCGGACGUGUGCGGAAGGCCAAGGAGAUGGCAUACAAGACGUUUGAGCCGCAUCUCGACCUCUACCUGCAGGAGGAGCUGGACUUUUUCCGGGAAAACGCGGAGAAGGAGGUGGGUGACUGGGACAAGAAGCUGUCGGAGCAGGACGCCAGCGUCGAGUCGUUCUUUAUGGCCAAUUUCAACCGGCAGGAGGUGAAGAAGGACUUUUUGAGCUCGUUCAAGAAGGUGGUGAUGAUGCCGGUGACGGUGUUGCCCGGCCAGCUGCUGGGAGGCAGCAGCAACAGCAGCUCUGCACACACAAGCAGCACGGCAGCAGCAGCGACAGCAGCAUCAACACCAGGGUCAUCGGGAACGGCGACACCGGUUCCGGCAGUGAACAUGAAGUCUCUGCCGGACAAGGCGCCCGACGACGAGCUGGCGGCCAAAGCAGCGCUGAUGGCGACGCGGCUGGAGGGCAUCCGGUCGCUCUUCAGCAUUGAGAUGGCGCUCAACCUGGUGCACACGGCCAAGAUGGGCCUGGGACGGGCAGCGGUGUUUGUGCAGCUGGACGGACGGGCAGGCGGCGAAGCGCGCGAGCAGUGUUCAGCCAUCUUUGUGGAGCUGCUGCGGGUUUUAGGCAACGGUCACGUGAAGCAAGGAUUUGACCGGGCGGUGGAGCAUCUGUCGCAGUACAAUCCACGGGCAGGCGGUUCUGGCGGAAGCAAGAGCGGGAGUGGAACCGGGGCCGUGACGGGGACAGGUUCAGGCGAAGUCAGCGAAGCCAAGGACACGGGAGGUGUGGCUCCGCUGAUGACGUUUAUCGAGCUGGUCAACGUGGGCGACCUGAUCUCACAGAUGAUCGACGUGUUUUACGAGCAGCAGCUGGCAGGGCCGAAGAUUGCGGACCGCAACGACUUUCUGGACGCGGCCGGGCUGGCCAAGAAGCGGUUUGAGCAGAUGAUCGACGAGAGCGUGGCAGCCGGUCUGAACAAGGGCAUCGACGUGUUGAUGGACGAGGUGGAGUACAUCUGCGCGACGACGCAGAAGCCGACGGACUACUACCCAGAGGCGGCUGAUGCGGUGGCCGAGGGCUUUCUGUUCUCGCUCAACGGGGCGCGGGCCAGCGUGAUCGGCGGUGUGGGUGGCGGGACGUCAGCGGGCGCGUCGACGCCCAAGUCGAAGCGGGCAUCAUCGCCGGCAGGAAGCGAAUUCUCUGCAUUUGCGGCGGCAGCAAGCUCUGGCUCCGGGGCAGGAUCGGGAUCUGGGAAUUCGGCGUUUGCGUCGGCUUCGGCUUCGGCUUCGGCAUCGACUGGUGGCUCGGGUGGCAGCACGUCGGCGGUGUUGGACAUUGGGCCAACGCGGACGGCUCUGCGGGUGGUCGAGCUCGUGCGUGGACACACCAACAUGCUCAAAGGCAGCACAGAGAAGACGAUGCUGGAGGUGUUCAACGGCGAGGUUGGGCUGCGGCUCUUCACGGCUGUAUGCAAGCAUCUUAAGCGGCAGCGGAUUAGCAUGGCGGGUGCUGUGCACGUGAUCGCGGAUAUGACGCUGUAUUUCGACUAUGUGCGCACGCUGCGCAACACGGACCUGCUGGCAUACUUCCGGGCACUGCGCGAGCUCAGUCAGCUGUACCUGAUCGACGCCAAGCACCACGCCAAGGAGAUGGCGGUGAUCAUUGCGGACAACGACCGGUUUGGCGGUGUGUUCCGGGCAGAGGAGGUGUACGAGUUUGCCGAACGGCGAGCUGACUGGUACCAGGUGAAGCGGGAUGUGGAACGGGCAAUGUACGGGCUGGAGUGUGCAGUGAUGUAG